AUGUGCGACUGUUUCCACCUGGCCUUCCCCAACUGGCACGCCGCCUCCUCGGGGACGGAGUGCAGGGUAGUGUCUGAAGAUGUCAUCAUCGACGAUCAGAGGCUGAAAGGCAAACAGACUCGGUUACUGAGGCAGUUCAGCAAAGCAGAAAUAGUGAUAGGGGAUAACUUCCUGGGGGAAGUGAACCAGACAGAGGAGGUUCACAGCCCUGAGUCUGGACUGAUAGUGAAAACAGCCAAAGAUGGAUGUGCAGAGGGUCUUGUUUAUGGUGGAGGGGGGAAAGAGGGAAUAUUCAUUAAAGAAGUGGUACCAGAGUCACCUGCCUCAAAAAGUCUGAAACUAAAAGAAGGUGAUCAGAUUCUGAGCGCCACUGUAUAUUUUGACAACGUGUCAUAUGAGGAUGCCAUUCAGAUUCUGGAGCACGCUCAGGCUUACAGAGUGAAGCUCUGCUUGAAACGCAAACCAGACAUCACAGACACUGAAACAGCCAUUGAAUCUGACAUAAAACUGACAUUUCAUAUUUCUGUUGCUCAACAGGAGGAAGACGUCUAUGAUCCAGAAAUGAGGGAGCAAGGAAAAACCAAAAGGCGUGGUGAUGCCCGCUUUUCAUGGCCUAAGUUUCCCUCCUUUGGAAAAGGAAAGAAGUCCCGCUUUACAAGGUCUCACAGCACCUCAGAGGCUGAUGAGCAAAGAAAGCUUGAGCUUAGCCCCACCACAAGUGACACAGAGUCACCUAUAAAAUCUCAAGAUGCUCUCAAAGGCAAGAAGAAACAUAAAAUAAAGCUCUCUGUUCUAACAAAGAGAGGCCGCAUAAGUUCAUCUGAAGACCAGGACACAGACGCACCAACAUCUGCGCAGAUGGUUUCACCUGAGUGCCUUGAAAGCCCCUCAGGAGAAACACCUCAAAUCUAUGCGACAGAGGAUCUGAAAGUAGUGGAAGACUUAAGACAGAUCAGAGGUGAAGUAAAAGGUGUUGAAUACAAAGAGCACACAUUCAAACUGCCUGAAUUUGGAGCAGUGACUGAGAACAUCAGUAUAAAUGUCCCUGAUGCAGAAAAGGAUAAAAACAUUGAUGGGGCAGAUAUAAGAACACUUGAAAGAGAGGGAAAAAGUGGCAAGUUUAAAAUGCCAACUCUCAGCAUCUCUAUGCCAAAGGUUAAAGGACCUGAAAUUGAUUUAAGCCUAUCAGAAAAAGAUGUAGAGCUCACAUUACCAGAAGAAAAAGCUGAGGUUGACCUCCCAGACAUUCCUGAGGUUGAGGUUACUCUUGGAAAUGUAGAUGUUUCUAUUCCAAAGAAAAUGAUGGAUGUCAAAAAGCCUGAACUGAAUGUCAAACCUUGGCAGACUGUAGGUGAACUUGAGGGACAAGGAAGCAAGUUCAAGGAGCCCAAGUUUGGAAUUAAAAUGCCUAAAUUAAAAGGACCUGAAUUUGAUUUAAGCUUAUCAAAGAAAGAUGUAGAUGUCAGACUACCAGAGGUUAAAUCUGAAGUCAAACUCCCAGAGACCCCUAAAAUUGAUGCCAGUUUUGGAAAAGCAGAGGUUUUGAUUCCAGAAGCAAAGGUGGAAGUUAAAAAACCUGAGGUGAAAAUCAAACCUUUGCACACUGACGUUGAACUUGAAAGACAAGGAGGCAAGUUCCAAAUGCCAAAGUUUGGAAUCAUGAUGCCAAAAGUAAAAGGACCUGAAAUUGAUUUGAGCUUAUCAAAGAAAGGCGUAGGUGUCACACUACCAGAGGCUAAAGCUGAAGUCAAACUCCCAGAAGCCCCAGAGAUUGAUGCGACUCUUGGAAAGAUAAAUGUUUCCAUUCCAAAGCAAAAGAUGGAAGUUGAAAAACCUGAAUUGGAAAUCAAACCUCUGAGGACUGAAGGGGAACUUGAUGGACAAGGAGCUAAAGCAGAGGUCAAACCUCCUGAUGUUGAACAAACAGAACAUGGAAUUAAAGUAGAUGUCAAAGCUCCAGAGACUGCAGUUUACCAACAGGAUGUUGAAGGAUCAUCAUCAAAAUUUAAGAUGCCGACAUUUAAACUACCAACAUUUGGAGUUGGUACUCCAAAUGUCUCUGUGGAAGCACAUGUUAAUAUAAGUUCAUCAAAGAAAGAUGUAGAUGUCACACUACCAGAGGCCGGUGCUGAAGUCAAACUCCCAGAAACCCCUAAAACUGAUGCCAGUCUUGGAAAAGCAGAAGUUUUGUUUCAAGAGGCAAAGAUGGAAGUUAAAAAACCUGAAGUGAAAAUCAAACCUUUGCACACUGAUGUUGAAUUUGAAGGACAAGGAGACACAUUUCAAAUGCCAAAGUUUGGAAUCACAAUGCCAAAGGUAAAAGGACCUGAAAUUCACUUUAGCUUAUCAAAGAAAGAUGUAGAUUUGACACUACCAGAAGCCAAAGCUGAUGUAAAAGUCCCUGAAGUUGAACUAAACGAACCCUCUGCUAAAGUGGAAAUUAAAGCUCCUGAAAUAAAAGUUACAGAAAAAGAUACAGAAGGAUCACCAUCGAAAUUUAAGAUGCCGACAUUCAAACUACCAAAAUUUGGAGUUGGUACUCCAGACAUUUCUGUAGAAGUAUCUGAUAUGGACAAAGAUGUCAAAACCGAUGGAGCUGAUAUUAAAAUUCCUGAAGACGCUCUUGCAGUUGACAUUGCAGCACCCAGCAUUGACAUUGAAGGCCCAUCAAUAGAUAUUAAAACUACAGGAACUGAACAUGAAGGAAAGGGAAGCAAGUUCAAACUGCCAAGUCUCGGUUUUUCUGGACCUCAAAUCAAACGGCCUGACAUUGAUUUAAGCCUAUCAAAGAAAGAUGUAGAUGGGACUUUACCAGUAGCUAAAGCUGAUGUCAAAUUCCCUGACGUUCACACUGAAGCACCCAGCAUUGACAUUGAGGGCCUAUCAACAGAUAGGAAAACUACAGGAAUUGAAGAGGAUGGGAAAGGAAGCUUUAAAAUGCCACAUCUUAGUUUCUCCAUGCCAAAAGUCAAGGGACCUAACAUGGAUUUUAGCCUUUCAAACAAAGACGUAGAUGUCAAAUUAACAGAGACAAAACCUGAUGUCAAACUUCCAGAGGUUGAUCUUGGAAAAGUGGAUGUUUCAAUUCCAGAGGCUAAGAUGGAGGUUAAAAAACCUGAAGUGGAAAAACAGUUCAUGCAGACUAAAGGUGAGCUUGAUGGAAAGGGAGAAAAGUUCGAAAUGCCAAAGUUUGGAAUCAAAAUGCCAAAAUUAAAAGAGCCAGAAUUUGACUUGAGCUUAACAAAGAGAGAUAUUGAUAUCCCACUACCAGAGACAAAGGUUGAGGUCAAACACACAGAUGCCCCUAAAAUUGAUGUCAGUCUUGGAAAAGCAGAAGUUUUGAUUCCAGAGGCUAAGGCCAAAGUUGAAGAAGCAGAGCUGGACGUUAAACCUUUGCAGACAGAAGUUAAAGGACAAGGAAGCGAGUUGAAAAUGCCAAAGUUUGGAAUGUCCAUGCCACAGGUAAAAGGACCUGAAUUUCAUCUUGGCUUAUCAAAGAAAGAUAUAGAUGUCAGAAUACCAGAAGCAAAAGCAGAUGUCAACUUCCCUGAUAUUGAACUAAAAAAACCUUCUGCCGAAGUAGAAAUGAAAGCUCCUGUGAUUGAGGUUUUAGCUAAAGAUACAGAAGGAUCACCUUCAAAAUUCAAAAUGCCAAAUCUCAGUUUCUCUAUGCCUAAAGUAAAAGGGCCUGAUGUAGAUGUAAGCUUAUCAAAGAAAGACACAGAUAUCACAUUACCAGGGACUAAAGCUGAGAUCAAACUCCCAGAGACCCCUAAAAUUGAUGCCAGUCUUGGAAAAGCAGAGGUUUUGAUUACAGAGGCAAAGAUGGAGGAUAGAAAAACUGAAAUGGAAAUAAAACCUUUGCAAACUGGCAUUGACAUUGAAGGACAUGGAGGCAAGUUUCAAAUGCCAAAGUUUGGAAUCAAAAUGCCAAAAGUAAAAGGACCUGAAAUUGAUUUAAGCUUCCCCAAGAAAGAUGUAGAUGUAACACUACCAGAGGCUAAAGCUGAUGUUGAACUCCCAGAAGCUUCUAAAAUUGCUGUGGAUAUGAAACCAUCAGAGUGUGAAGCAGAAAUUGAUGGACAAGGAGGCAAGUUCAAAAUACCAAAGUUUGGAAUCUCAAUGCAUAAAGUGAAAGGACCUGAUUUUGAUUCCAGCUUAUCAAAGAAAGAUGCAGACAUCACACUCCCAGAGGCCAAAGCCGAAGUCAAUCUCCCCGAUGUUGAACUCAAAGAACCUUCUGCUAAAGUGGAAAUUAAAGCUCCUGAUAUUGAAACUCAAUUAAGCAGUGUGAAAGGAUCACCAUCAAAAUUUAAAUUGCCAACAUUCAAAUUCCCAAAAUUUGGAGCUGCCACUCCAAAUGUCAGCGCUAAACUACCUGAUAUAGACACAGAAAUCAAAAUUGAUGGAGCUGACAUGCACAUAUCUGUGCCACACACAGAUGUUGAUGUACCAGAAGUUAAAGCAGAGGUCCAUCUGCCAGAGGUUGAAGUCAAAAAGCCUUCAGGCAGUGUUGUGAUAGAGCAACAGCAAGGUGUUGAGGUUGAUGCCAAACUGAAAAAAACAAGGUUUUCACUGCCCAGAUUUUCUUUUUCAAAACCAAGUGUUAAGUCCCCAGAAGUUGAUGCCAGACUUCAGGAUGCAAAAGUUGCAAUUCCAGAGGGAAAGGUGGAAGUGAAUGUUUUGAUUCCAGAGGCUAAGGCCAAAGUUGAAGAAGCUGAGCUGGAUGUUAAACCUUUGCAGACAGAAGUUAAAGGACAAGGAAGCGAGUUGAAAAUGCCAAAGUUUGGAAUGUCCAUGCCAAAGGUAAAAGGACCUGAAUUUCAUCUUGGCUUAUCAAAGAAAGAUAUAGAUGUCAGAAUACCAGAAGCAAAAGCAGAUGUCAACUUCCCUGAUGUUGAACUAAAACAACCUUCUGCCGAAGUAGAAAUGAAAGCUCCUGUGAUUGAGGUUUUAGCUAAAGAUACAGAAGGAUCACCUUCAAAAUUCAAAAUGCCAAAUUUCAGUUUCUCUAUGCCUAAAGUAAAAGGGCCUGAUGUAGAUGUAAGCUUAUCAAAGAAAGACACAGAUAUCACACUACCAGGGACUAAAGCUGAGCUCAAACUCCCAGAGACCCCUAAAAUUGAUGCCAGUCUUGGAAAAGCAGAGAUUUUGAUUCCAGAGGAAAGGGUGGAGGUUAAAAAACCUGAAGUGAAAAUCAAACCUUUGCACACUGACGUUGAACUUGAAGGACACAGAGGCAAGUUUCAAAUGCCAAAGUUUGGAAUCAAAAUGCCAAAAGUAAAAGGACCUGAAAUUGAUUUAAGCUUCCCCAAGAAUGAUGUAGAUGUAACACUACCAGAGGCUAAAGCUGAUGUUGAACUCCCAGAAGCUUCUAAAAUUGCUGUGGAUAUGAAACCAUCAGAGUGUGAAGCAGAAAUUGAUGGGCAAGGAGGCAAGUUCAAAAUGCCAAAGUUUGGAAUCUCAAUGCCAAAAGUGAAAGGACCUGAAAUUGAUUUCAGCUUAUCAAAGAAAGAUGUAGACCUCACACUACCAGACGCCAAAGCUGAAGUCAAUCUCCCUGAUGUUGAACUCAAAGAACCUUCUGCUGAAGUGGAAAUUAAAGCUCCUGAUAUUGAAGCUCAAUUAAGCAGUGUAAAAGGAUCACCAUCAAAAUUUCAACUGCCAACAUUCAAAUUUCCUAAAUUUGGAAUUGCAACUCCAAAUGUCAGCACUGAACUACCUAAUAUAGACACAGAAAUCAAAAUUGAUGGAGCUGACAUGCACAUAUCUGUGCCACACACAGAUGUUGAUGUACCAGAAGUUAAAGCAGAGGUCCAUCUGCCAGAGGUUGAAGUCAAAAAACCUUCAGGAAGUGUUGUGAUAGAGCAACAGCAAGGUGUUGAGGUUGAUGCCAAACUGAAAAAAACAAGGUUUUCACUGCCCAGAUUUUCUUUUUCAAAACCAAGUGUUAAGUCCCCAGAAGUUGAUGCCAGUCUUCAGGAUGCAAAAGUGGCAAUUCCAGAGGGAAAGGUGGAAGUGAAUGUUUUGAUUCCAGAGGCUAAGGCCAAAGUUGAAGAAGCUGAGCUGGACGUUAAACCUUUGCAGACAGAAGUUAAAGGACAAGGAAGCGAGUUCAAAAUGCCAAAGUUUGGAAUGUCCAUGCCAAAGGUAAAAGGACCUGAAUUUCAUCUUGGCUUAUCAAAGAAAGAUAUAGAUGUCAGAAUACCAGAAGCAAAAGCAGAUGUCAACUUCCCUGAUGUUGAACUAAAACAACCUUCUGCCGAAGUAGAAAUGAAAGCUCCUGUGAUUGAGGUUUCAGCUAAAGAUACAGAAGGAUCACCUUCAAAAUUCAAAAUGCCAAAUUUCAGUUUCUCUCUGCCUAAAGUAAAAGGGCCUGAUGUAGAUGUAGGUUUAUCAGAGAAAGACACAGAUAUCACACUACCAGGGACUAAAGCUGAGCUCAAACUCCCAGAGACCCCUAAAAUUGAUGCCAGUCUUGGAAAAGCAGAGGUUUUGAUUCCAGAGGAAAGGGUGGAGGUUAAAAAACCUGAAGUGAAAAUCAAACCUUUGCACACUGAUGUUGAACUUGAAGGACACAGAGGCAAGUUUCAAAUGCCAAAGUUUGGAAUCAAAAUGCCAAAAGUAAAAGGACCUGAAAUUGAUUUAAGCUUCCCCAAGAAAGAUGUAGAUGUAACACUACCAGAGGCUAAAGCUGAUGUUGAACUCCAAGAAGCUUCUAAAAUUGCUGUGGAUAUGAAACCAUCAGAGUGUGAAGCAGAAAUUGAUGGGCAAGGAGGCAAGUUCAAAAUGCCAAAGUUUGGAAUCUCAAUGCCAAAAAUGAAAGGACCUGAAAUUGAUUUCAGCUUAUCAAAGAAAGAUGUAGACCUCACACUACCAGACGCCAAAGCUGAAGUCAAUCUCCCUGAUGUUGAACUCAAAGAACCUUCUGCUGAAGUGGAAAUUAAAGCUCCUGAUAUUGAAGCUCAAUUAAGCAGUGUAAAAGGAUCACCAUCAAAAUUUCAACUGCCAACAUUCAAAUUUCCUAAAUUUGGAAUUGCAACUCCAAAUGUCAGCACUGAACUACCUAAUAUAGACACAGAAAUCAAAAUUGAUGGAGCUGACAUGCACAUAUCUGUGCCACACACAGAUGUUGAUGUACCAGAAGUUAAAGCAGAGGUCCAUCUGCCAGAGGUUGAAGUCAAAAAACCUUCAGGCAGUGUUGUGAUAGAGCAACAGCAAGGUGUUGAGGUUGAUGCCAAACUGAAAAAAACAAGGUUUUCACUGCCCAGAUUUUCUUUUUCAAAACCAAGUGUUAAGUCCCCAGAAGUUGAUGCCAGUCUUCAGGAUGCAAAAGUUGCAAUUCCAGAGGGAAAGGUGGAAGUGAAUGUUUUGAUUCCAGAGGCUAAGGCCAAAGUUGAAGAAGCUGAGCUGGACGUUAAACCUUUGCAGACAGAAGUUAAAGGAGAAGGAAGCGAGUUGAAAAUGCCAAAGUUUGGAAUGUCCAUGCCAAAGGUAAAGGGACCUGAAUUUCAUCUUGGCUUAUCAAAGAAAGAUAUAGAUGUCAGAAUACCAGAAGCAAAAGCAGAUGUCAACUUCCCUGAUGUUGAACUAAAACAAUCUUCUGCCGAAGUAGAAAUGAAAGCUCCUGUGAUUGAGGUUUUAGCUAAAGAUACAGAAGGAUCACCUUCAAAAUUCAAAAUGCCAAAUCUCAGUUUCUCUAUGCCUAAAGUAAAAGGGCCUGAUGUAGAUGUAAGCUUAUCAAAGAAAGACACAGAUAUCACAUUACCAGGGACUAAAGCUGAGCUCAAACUCCCAGAGACCCCUAAAAUUGAUGCCAGUCUUGGAAAAGCAGAGGUUUUGAUUCCAGAGGAAAGGCUGGAGGUUAAAAAACCUGAAGUGAAAAUCAAACCUUUGCACACUGACGUUGAACUUGAAGGACACAGAGGCAAGUUUCAAAUGCCAAAGUUUGGAAUCAAAAUGCCAAAAGUAAAAGGACCUGAAAUUGAUUUAAGCUUCCCCAAGAAAGAUGUAGAUGCAACACUACCAGAGGCUAAAGCUGAUGUUGAACUCCCAGAAGCUUCUAAAAUUGCUGUGGAUAUGAAACCAUCAGAGUGUGAAGCAGAAAUUGAUGGGCAAGGAGGCAAGUUCAAAAUGCCAAAGUUUGGAAUCUCAAUGCCAAAAGUGAAAGGACCUGAAAUUGAUUUCAGCUUAUCAAAGAAAGAUGUAGACUUCACACUACCAGACACCAAAGCUGAAGUCAAUCUCCCUGAUGUUGAACUCAAAGAACCUUCUGCUAAAGUGGAAAUUAAAGCUCCUGAUACUGAAGCUCAAUUAAGCAGUGUAAAAGGAUCACCAUCAAAAUUUCAAUUGCCAACAUUCAAAUUUCCUAAAUUUGGAGCUGCAACUCCAAAUGUCAGCACUGAACUACCUGAUAUAGACACAGAAAUCAAAAUUGAUGGAGCUGACAUGCACAUGUCUGUGCCACACACAGAUGUUGAUGUACCAGAAGUUAAAGCAGAGGUCCAUCUGCCAGAGGUUGAAGUCAAAAAGCCUUCAGGCAGUGUUGUGAUAGAGCAACAGCAAGGUGUUGAGGUUGAUGCCAAACUGAAAAAAACAAGGUUUUCACUGCCCAGAUUUUCUUUUUCAAAAACAAGUGUUAAGGUCACAGAAGUUGAUGCCAGUCUUCAGGAUGCAAAUGUUGCAAUUCCAGAAGGAGAGGUGGAAGUGAAAGGAACGGAAGUGGAUAUGAAACUACCAGACUAUGAAGCAGAAGUUGACGGGCAAGGAAGUAGGUUUAAAAUGCCAAAGUUUGCCAUCUCAAUGCCAAAGAUUAAAGGGCCUGAAAUUGAUUUGAGCUUAUCAAAGAAAGAUGUAGAUGUCACACUUCCAGAAGCCAAAGCUGAAGUUCAACUUUCAGAUGUCAAAAUAAAACAACCUGCAGUGGAAAUUAAAGCUCCUGAGAUUGAAGCUCAUACAGGUAAUACUGAAGGAUCACCGUCAAAACUUAAAAUGCCAACAUUCACAUUACCCAUAUUUGGAGCUGCUACUCCAAAGGUCAUUGAGGAAGUACCUGAUGUGGACAAAGAUAUUAAAAUUGAGGGAGCUAAAGUGGAUGUCACUGCACCCAGCAUUGACACUGAAGGCCUAUCUGUAGAUGUGAAAGCUAAAGGAAGUGAAUUUGAAGGAUCAGGAAGCAAGUUUAAAAUGCCAAAGUUUGGCAUCUCAAUGCCCAAGGUAAAAGGGCCUGAAAUUGAUUUAAGUUUAUCAAAGAAAGAUGUAGAUGUCCCAUUACCAGAAGCUAAAGCUAAAAUCGAACUUCCCAAUGUUGCAGUCAAAGAGUCUGAAGUGGAAAUUAAAUCUCCUGAGAUAAAGGUUGCAGCAAAGGGUUCAGAAGGAUCACCAUCAAAAUUUAAAAUGCCGACAUUCAAAUUACCAAAAUUUGGAGUUGGUACUCCAAGUGCCACCGUAGAUGUGCCCGAUACAGACAGAGACGUCAAAACCAAUGGAGCUGACAUUAAAAUUCCUGAAGAGGUUCUUGCAGUUGACAUUGCAGCACCCAGCAUUGACACUGAAGGCCCAUCAAUAGAUAUUAAAACUACAGGAACUGAACAUGAAGGAAAAGGAAGCAUGUUUAAACUGCCAAGUCUUGGUUUUUCUGGGCCUCAAAUCAAACGGCCUGACAUUGAUUUAGACUUAUCAAAGAUAGUUGUAGAUGUGACUCUACCAGAAGCCAAAGCUGGAGUCAAACUCCCUCAUGUUGAAGUAAAAGAAUCUUCUGCCAAAGUAGAAAUCAAAGCUCCUGGAAUUGAUGUUCAGACAAAAGGAAAUGUGGAAGUCAAACAACCUGAAGUGGAGCUUAAGCCACCAGAAGGUGAUGUAGAAUUAGAGGGGCAGGAAAGCAAGUUUAAAAUGCCACUGUUUGGCUUCUCAACGCCCAAAGUAAAAGGGCCUGAAAUUGAUUUGAGUUUAUCAAAGAAAGAUGUAGAUGUCAAACUCCCAAAAGCCAAAGCUGAAGUUCAAUUUCCAGAUGUCAAAAUAAAACAACAGUCUGCUACAGUGGAAAUUAAAGCUCCUGAGAUUGAAGCUCAAACAGGUGAUGUUGAAGGAUCACAAUCAAAACUUAAAAUGCCAACAUUCACAUUACCCAAAUUUGGAGCUGCUACUCCAAAGGUCAGUGUGGAAGAACUUGAUGUGGACAAAGACAUUAAAAUUGAUGGAGCUACAGUGGAUGUCAAUGCACCCAGCAUUGACACUAAAGGCCUAUCUGUAGAUGUGAAAGCUAAAGGAAGUGAAAUUGAAGGAUCAGGAAGCAAGUUUAAAAUGCCAAAGUUUGGCAUCUCCAUGCCCAAGGUAAAAGGGCCAGAAAUCGAUUUGAGCUUAUCAAAGAAAGAUGUAGAUGUCAAACUCCCAGAAGCCAAAGCUGAAGUUCAACUUCCGGAUGUCAAAAUAAAACAACCGUCUGCUACAGUGGAAAUUAAAGCUCCUGAGAUUGAAGCUCAAACAGGUAAUGUUGAAGGAUCACCAUCAAAACUUAAAAUGCCAACAUUCACAUUACCCAAAUUUGGAGCUGCUACUCCAAAGGUCAGUGUGGAAGUACCUGAUGUGGACAAAGACAUUAAAAUUGAUGGAGCUACAGUGGACGCCACUGCACCCAGCAUUGACACUAAAGGCCUAUCUGUAGAUGUGAAAGCUAAAGGAAGUGAAUUUGAAGGAUCAGGAAGCAAGUUUAAAAUGCCAAAGUUUGGCAUCUCCAUGCCCAAGGUAAAAGGGCCAGAAAUCGAUUUGAGCUUAUCAAAGAAAGAUGUAGAUGUCAAACUCCCAGAAGCCAAAGCUGAAGUUCAACUUCCGGAUGUCAAAAUAAAACAACCGUCUGCUACAGUGGAAAUUAAAGUUCCUGAGAUUGAAGCUCAAACAGGUAAUGUUGAAGGAUCACCAUCAAAACUUAAAAUGCCAACAUUCACAUUACCCAAAUUUGGAGCUGCUACUCCAAAGGUCAGUGUGGAAGUACCUGAUGUGGACAAAGACAUUAAAAUUGAUGGAGCUACAGUGGAUGUCACUGCACCCAGCAUUGACACUAAAGGCCUAUCUGUAGAUGUGAAAGCUAAAGGAAGUGAAUUUGAAGGAUCAGGAAGCAAGUUUAAAAUGCCAAAGUUUGGCAUCUCCAUGCCCAAGGUAAAAGGGCCAGAAAUCGAUUUGAGCUUAUCAAAGAAAGAUGUAGAUGUCAAACUCCCAGAAGCCAAAGCUGAAGUUCAACUUCCGGAUGUCAAAAUAAAACAACCGUCUGCUACAGUGGAAAUUAAAGCUCCUGAGAUUGAAGCUCAAACAGGUAAUGUUGAAGGAUCACCAUCAAAACUUAAAAUGCCAACAUUCACAUUACCCAAAUUUGGAGCUGCUACUCCAAAGGUCAGUGUGGAAGUACCUGAUGUGGACAAAGACAUUAAAAUUGAUGGAGCUACAGUGGACGUCACUGCACCCAGCAUUGACACUAAAGGCCUAUCUGUAGAUGUGAAAGCUAAAGGAAGUGAAUUUGAAGGAUCAGGAAGCAAGUUUAAAAUGCCAAAGUUUGGCAUCUCCAUGCCCAAGGUAAAAGGGCCAGAAAUCGAUUUGAGCUUAUCAAAGAAAGAUGUAGAUGUCAAACUCCCAGAAGCCAAAGCUGAAGUUCAACUUCCGGAUGUCAAAAUAAAACAACCGUCUGCUACAGUGGAAAUUAAAGUUCCUGAGAUUGAAGCUCAAACAGGUAAUGUUGAAGGAUCACCAUCAAAACUUAAAAUGCCAACAUUCACAUUACCCAAAUUUGGAGCUGCUACUCCAAAGGUCAGUGUGGAAGUACCUGAUGUGGACAAAGACAUUAAAAUUGAUGGAGCUACAGUGGAUGUCACUGCACCCAGCAUUGACACUAAAGGCCUAUCUGUAGAUGUGAAAGCUAAAGGAAGUGAAUUUGAAGGAUCAGGAAGCAAGUUUAAAAUGCCAAAGUUUGGCAUCUCCAUGCCCAAGGUAAAAGGGCCAGAAAUCGAUUUGAGCUUAUCAAAGAAAGAUGUAGAUGUCAAACUCCCAGAAGCCAAAGCUGAAGUUCAACUUCCGGAUGUCAAAAUAAAACAACCGUCUGCUACAGUGGAAAUUAAAGUUCCUGAGAUUGAAGCUCAAACAGGUAAUGUUGAAGGAUCACCAUCAAAACUUAAAAUGCCAACAUUCACAUUACCCAAAUUUGGAGCUGCUACUCCAAAGGUCAGUGUGGAAGUACCUGAUGUGGACAAAGACAUUAAAAUUGAUGGAGCUACAGUGGAUGUCACUGCACCCAGCAUUGACACUAAAGGCCUAUCUGUAGAUGUGAAAGCUAAAGGAAGUGAAUUUGAAGGAUCAGGAAGCAAGUUUAAAAUGCCAAAGUUUGGCAUCUCAAUGCCCAAGGUAAAAGGGCCAGAAAUCGAUUUGAGCUUAUCAAAGAAAGAUGUAGAUGUCAAACUCCCAGAAGCCAAAGCUGAAGUUCAACUUCCGGAUGUCAAAAUAAAACAACCGUCUGCUACAGUGGAAAUUAAAGUUCCUGAGAUUGAAGCUCAAACAGGUAAUGUUGAAGGAUCACCAUCAAAACUUAAAAUGCCAACAUUCACAUUACCCAAAUUUGGAGCUGCUACUCCAAAGGUCAGUGUGGAAGUACCUGAUGUGGACAAAGACAUUAAAAUUGAUGGAGCUACAGUGGAUGUCACUGCACCCAGCAUUGACACUAAAGGCCUAUCUGUAGAUGUGAAAGCUAAAGGAAGUGAAAUUGAAGGAUCAGGAAGCAAGUUUAAAAUGCCAAAGUUUGGCAUCUCAAUGCCCAAGGUAAAAGGGCCAGAAAUCGAUUUGAGUUUAUCAAAGAAAGAUGUAGAUGUCAAACUCCCAGAAGCCAAAUCUGAAAUCAAACUGCCCAAUGUUGAAGUCAAAGAAUCUGAAGAAAGAGAAGUGAUAGUGAAGCAACCUGAAAUUAAAAUGAAAGCUCCUGAGCUUGAAGCUGAAAAUGAUGGACAAGAAAGCAAGUUUAAAUUGCCAAAGUACGGUAUUGCACUACCAAAAGCAAAAGGACCUGAACAAGAUGUAAAUGCAUCACAGAAAGAUGUAGGCAUCACACUGCCAGAAGUUAAAGCAGAGGUCAAACUCCCUGAAAUUGAAGUCAAAGAAUCUUCAGCUAGUGUGGAAAUGAAAGCUUCCGAGUCUGAAGCUAAGUCAAAAGGUGUUGGAGGAUCAACACUGAAAUUUAAAAUGCCAACAUUGAAAAUGCCCAAAUUUGGAGUUGCAACCUAUGAUGUCACAGCAGGAGCACCCGAUGCAGACAAAGUUGCUGAAACGGAUGGAGCUAAACUAAAGGAGGAUGUUACUGUCAAUGUCAAAGGUCCAAGUGUUGAUAUUAAAACGGAUGUGUCUAAAGAAGCAAUAACAGGUUCUGAAACGCUGAAGACUGAGACUGAAAGUGUUGAUAUUGGGUCUCCAAGUAAAUUCAAACUACCAUCAUUUAAAAUGCCAAAGCUGAGUUUCUCAAGACCCAACCCUGAAGAUGAACAUGUGCCUGUUGACACAGAAUGCAAAGAUCAGGUGGAAAUGGAAGUCGAGCCAAAAGGAGAGAGUAAAUCAGCAAAAGUGACUUUGACAUCAUUUGGUGAGAUCCUCAAGAAUAUUGAUGUUGAAUUUGAUGUUCCAAAAACAGAAGAAAAUCUUGAAACAUCAAAGGAUGUUCAUGAAACAGAUAAAACCAGUGGAAAGCAGUUAGAGGCAAAAGAAAAGGAAACUACUACCAAAAGUCCUGAGAGGACAGGUUGGUUUAAAUUCCCCAAGUUUGGACUGUCCUCCCCAUCAGAACCUGCCAAGAUUUCUGAAAAAGACACGCAUAAGGAUGAAAAGACCCCAGUAGAGGGAACAGUUGAGGAAAUAAGCCCCACCUUUUCAGUCCAGUCAUCAGACGCCUUUGCUGAUAUUAGCUCUGCGAUGACAAGUGAGCAUGUUGGCCUGUCCUUAUCUUCUCCAACCAAGUCCUUGAACGCAGCACCGGCCGCGCAGUCUCUGUACACUUCGACACGAGGGGCAACUUCACCGGGAGCCUCCCGCGCCCUCCUCCUGUCGCCCACAAUAGCCCGCAUCAUCACCAGCAUCAUCAUCACUAUCCUCAUCAUCCUCCUCAUCAGCAUCAGUCGCCAAGUAUCAAUCUAUUAUUAUAUAUGUGUUGGUCAGUUUGUCUGCUUGACAAGAUCAGACGGCGAUCAUGUGCCGAGCGCCUCUUCUCCAGUUGCUACCUCCGUGAGACCGGCCGGACUGACCGCACACAUUCCCUCCAGAGGAACAAUACCGGCCUCUGACGAGGAAAUAAAGGCUGCAUUGUCUCCGCGCUGCUCACGACAAAGGGAGCAGAAGCAAUCUGAGGUUUCACAGAGAAAGUCUCACAACAGCAACCAGUCCUGA